AUGGUGGCAACCGGAAAGGUUGCCCUACCGGAGCACUGGACCGAGCUUAGUGCGGCCCGGAUACAGCGCAAGAGAUGUGCCGACGAUGUCGACGCCAUCAAGAAAGCAUGCCUAACGGAGUGCGGCCAGCGACACGUGGUGGAUUGUGAGAAAUGCUUCCCAAAGACCCUAGAUCGCAUGCGCGCUAGGUACUGCGAGGCUGAGGGCAGAGAGUGGUUCACGCAGCGAACGGCGUUCCUUAAUGAGCUGGACACCUUAUUCACAGACGUUAAGGACCACAAGAUCGAUCUCAGGUCUAUCGAGGACAGAAUCGAGGCGGAGAAGGAGGCCUGGUAUCGAUGGGUGCUCCGCAUGUAUCCUCAGUUUCUGUCCGCUGCCGACAGCGGUGCCGACCAGGAUGAGUUGAGGGCCAUGCUGGAUGACCCGGACAGGUCGCGCGAAGAGCUUAUUGAGAGGAUCUGGGAGGGCGUUGGCAAGGUUUCAAACUGGUCUUCCGAAGUGGACACCAUCACGCGCAAUGUCGAGGAGGACAAGAACUACGGUGCAGAUCUCAAACAGCGCUACAUCGCAUGGUUCUUUAAAGACAGAUUGACCGGGGCGCUGCUCGAGCACGCGCAAAAGUACCUCGACGCGUACGAGUCGAGCGAGUCGAUGACCAUCGAGGAGGUCAUCGACCGCAUCUCGCAGGACCGCAAGGCGAGCCUCAGCUCGCAGCCACAGAGGGAUAGCCAUAGGAGACGGUUAGAUGAGCUACGAAGGGCCAAGACGGCUUUUGAACAUAAGCAGAACAUGGCUAGGGCCCAGGCGAGCCAGACUCCCGUUGUGGCCGAGGAGCUUUACGACCUUCCGCCAUGCGCAGUUUGUGGCGGAGCGGCGGACCAGAAGAACGUUCUCUCGUGCUCACUGUGUCAAGCUGUGACGCACCUGAGUGGCCAGAAGAAGUUGACGGUGUAUUGUUCGGAGGAGUGUUUUAACAAGGGACACGAGGAACAUAUCGAGAAGGAACACGACUGUGACGCGGGAGAAAGAUGUGUGCAAAACUACGACGAAGAUACUGACAUGUCGGACGGGGAAUAUCAGGCGGUUAUUUGUAAGGACUGUGUUGAGCAGAAGGAAGCUUCACUAUUCUGCACAGAGCGGUGCGCUGCGGUGAACCUACCCCGGCACAUGGAAGAUAAGCACGGAAAGACGGUCGUGGACGAGGUCAGGAAGUUGGCGGAGCCGCUGUCGGAGCUAUUGGAGAAGAGGUUGAAGGAGAGAAUGCAUAUCACGAACUGGACCCCGGACACGCCGGAGGAGAACAAAAUUGUAGGCUCACCACCACUCCCAAAGACUCGGGAACUCAUAGUAAUGGUCUUCAGCAUCGUUGAUGGCCAUCAAUCGCAAUCUCAACCUCCUCCGCCACCAGCUCCGUCAAAGACCUUCACCAUCGACUUUGACGUUCCCUCGCUGCCAGAGGUUGACGAGAACUUUGACGCCCUGCGCGACUCACACGCUCAAAUGAUAGAUUCCAUGUUUCCAUCGGAUCAAGAGUCGGAUGCCCUCAGUGCCCCGGACUCGCCGCCUACAGGAUUCCCGACGCCUGGCUCGUCUAACAACACGCACUCUAUUCAGUCCCUACAUGCAAAGCCCCAGUUCAACCUCGACUCGGCGGCAUCCUUAUUAGCUUCGUUUCGGGGCAUGUUGGUACACUAUCCCGUUGUUUCUCUCAAGCCUGAAGAGACGGUAUCAAGUCUGGCCGCUUCUCGGCCGUUUGUUCUGCUAGCCAUCCUCUCGGCGGCAUCCGGAUCGAGGACACUGCAGGGACAUACUCUUUACGACGAGGAGUUUAGAAAAGUGUUAGGCCUAAAGUUUGUCGCUGGUGGAGAGAGAAGCAUGGAAUUGCUUCAGGGCAUUCUAAUAUACUGCGCCUGGUACCCCUUCCACCUCCGCCCCAAGAACAAGCAAGCCUUCCAAUACUACCGAAUGGCUGGCGACCUCGUCCACGACCUCGACUUAGAGGAAGAAUCCCCCGAGCUCAUCACCACGCCGCCCGGCGCCAUGACGGCAACGCAGCUCGACCGUCUGCGCGCCUACCUGGGCUACUACUACGCCGUGUCAAAGUACGUCCUCGGCCACCCACAUACGCGGCCCUCCGUUGCUUACCAUCCCAGCUACAUGACGGCGUGGAAGAGGAUGGACCAGCUGGCUUGCCCCUGGACGCCCUGGACGGCUACGUGCUGCGAUGUGCUGCAGCGGUGCGCAGAGGCUGAUGGGGAUCUUGCGCUGUGUUAUCUUGCGAGGUUGGCGAGCUCGACCAACACGGCCAACAAAUCGAUUCGAGAUAAUAAUACGCAUUCGGCGCAGCAGGUUCAGUUGCUUUUGUUGGGACUCGAGGCUCAGCAUAGGGAACUGAAGGAGGCCAUGUUGCCUCAUAUAGCCCGGUCAGCGCCCGUAAGACUGGCAGAUCUCUUCUUCGACGUCUUUCUUCAAGGCGGCUCUGUGUUCUAUUUAACCCGCAAGAUCGCUCCCCCAGGUCUCGUCCACCCUCCUGCGUCCCGCCUCCGAAGCUGCGUCACCAACCUCCGUGUCUUGUUCGACUACCUCACCGACCUAGGACAGUCAGGCUUUAUGCCAUUCACCAGCGUCGACUGGACGAAAUUUGUCCUUGCCGUCAUUCUUGCUGUCCGCCUCUCGUUCCCCAUGUCCGAGGUCAAAGACUGGGAUCACGCCUGGGCGCGCGAGGAGUUGCGCUUCGAGGCCUUCCUCGAGACCAUGUGUGACGGAGCAGACCUGACGCCAGUGAGCACAAGGGUAGACGUCCUUUCCGCGGGACGCGUCGUCUUGCGUGUCGUAAAAGAAAAGUACGACAGACGGGUCGCCAUGCUCAACAUGACGGCCUCGCACGGGAAGGGACCCGGCCCGCAGGGGUGUCCAAUGUUUGACCGCAGCAUGGAGCCGUACAUUUCAGCGUGGGAUACGGGGUUCGACAUGAGCUCAGUGAUGCCACCGCUUCCGUCGCUGCAGCAGCAGCAGCAGCAGCAGGAGCAGAGCCAGCAGGAAGGACAGCAGGCUGUGUUCCAUGACCUGUGGGCGACCAUGACCAUGGGCUGGGCGAAUGACGGUCUGAUGGACGACCAGGAUAUCUAG